GUGGCAUUGAUGGUGGGGGGAGCUGUAAGGCAGGGAGGAGAGAGAGGAGGAGGCUGUCGGGAAGUGGGCAGUUGGGAGGUGCAUGUGGAGGUGUUACCGAGUGCAGGAGAGGCGGCUGCCAGGGAUGAGGCCAACGAGAGGGCAGAAUCAGAGGUGCGAAGCUGAUAAGGAGGGUUCGGGUUUGCUGGGGGAAAAGGGGAGGGCUCGGGUUUCCUGGGGGAAAAAGGGGAGAUGCGGAGCAGGGGGAUAUGGCACACCCUGGCCUUGAGGUGGCCAAGCAGAGGGGGUCAGGGAGGAGCGUGCUGCUCCCGUAGCUGCUUCUUCCAUGGGCGGGAACUGCAGCAAGAGAGGGACGCAUCGAGGCGCGCAUGCUGGCGCGCUGGCGAGCAGGGCGAGGCAGCAACGAUUGCGGCUGUGAAUGGCACGGGCACAGCUAUGGACCACGCAGAGGGGCCGGCCCCGGCCAGCGCGGCCAUGGGGGGGCGAGCGUGGAGGUGGAGAGGCGGAUGCGCAUAAGGGCAUGGCGUGGUUGCCUCGCGCGCACUCGCCUCAAAGGGGGACCGGGGGGGUGGGCUGGUUGCAGCGCUGGUGGGGAGGGGCAAAAAAUGGGGGGAGGGGAGGGGUUAUGGGGAGCAUGGAUUGGGAGAGGGUCGGAUGGAAAGCCGCAUGAGGAAAGGAGUUGAGGCGGCGCAAGCUGGUGAAUUAGCAAGGAAGGAGGUAUACCUGAAAGAAUCUGAUAAGUUGUACUAGCAGUGUGAAUACGUACAAGCAUACAUAGGAUUCUAGAGAGGCUUGAGAGGGAAGGGGGAACAGUGCCACAAGCAGUUGGGUUGGGGAAACCCCAAUUAUGGUUGGGUUGCCCAACCACUGUUUGGGGAGACCAAAAGUGGUUGGAGGACCAACCACCAUUGGCGCCACUUGCGUGGCCCAACAAGUGUGGGCUUGGUGCUUGGGGGCUCCAACCACUUGGGUUCGGAUUGACACCCCUUGCAUAAAGUGUGUACACCACAAAUUGGUGUACACCUACAGAGCACACUAACCUAGCAUGUUAUAAGUGAUAUAAUCUAACAAAACCCCUUAACAUGCAGAAGGCUAGUGUGAAGAAGGGAGAUAACCACUGAAUCAUGGAGCGCCCGAGGGGCCGGGAGGGCCAAGGCCAAGGAGGCGAAGGAGGGCCUUGUGGGCAGCCUUGGGCAAGGCCUUGGUGAAAAUGUCCGCCAAGGUCCCCCCCCCCUUGCCUCACUGUUUUUUCAGGCCACGCAAAGAAACUUACGCUGAUCAAUCAGGGUGUUGUAAAAAUUUUGCGCUGAAAAAACAGAGUUACCUACA